CCAUUUGUUUGCAACUUUGUCAGUGUUUAUUUUACAGAUAAAAUGAGUUUUUGCAUCAUUUACAGACUAAGAAACAGAGAGAUAAGCAACAGACAAUGCACGCGGAAAGAUUUUCAUAUGUUGAGAACUUUGAUAUGCAAGGGUAAUAGAGAAUAUAGAAAAGUAUGCACCAGAAAAUCAAAUAAAGCGUUCUGUUAUGAAAGUGGCAGAUUGUUUAGCAAUAAUUACAGAGAAUGUUAUUAUGGGUAUGGUAUAGAUGGUGGAAACUGUUUGAUGUACAAGAUAUCCGAUCAGAACAACUGUAGCAAACUGGAAGAUGCUCUCAUCUACAAGUUCUACCAUGAGGAGUUUCCAACAAUAGGUAAAGCAUGUCUUAUGGCAUUGAAAACACGACCAGUAGGUGUGAGCCUUGUGCAAUAUGAUCUGAAUACAGGGGAGCUAAUUAAAGAAAUAUUUCUAUCAUGUCGCAUCAAAUUCAGAUAUUUAGACUGGGCAGAGGUGAACAAAAUGUUCUAUAUCAAAUCUAUACGUACUGUAGAAACAAGACUGCAUUUACCUGAAAGGAUAUCAAGCAAUGUUGCAGUUGUGAUGGCAGUUUUCUCAACAUUUCCAUUAAAAUUUGUGGGAAUGUUUGAAGUUGAUAGAAGAAUAUUUGGAGCAGGUGUAACAAAUGCUAUUCUCACGCACGGCAUGUUGAUUAUUAUGUAUGUAAAUGGUCUGGUGAAAUUCUUCAGUUUUGACAGAAUUCUUGAAAAGUUUAAGAACUUUGAACAUUCCCUCGAUGCCUUCACUUCUACAGGAAACAUAGACUGGGCAGAAUUACCAGCAGAUCUUCCUAUUAAUAUAAAGAUAACAGAGAUUCCACCAUUGUUGUUUGAAGUGAGCUGCUGUGAUCAAGAUGUAAAGAUUGGAGGUUUUCCCUGGCAUUACAUCUACUCUCCAAAACGUGCGGCAAACAUAUUUCAAAUUAAAUCUUUAAAGAAUAGUAUUCAGGUUGAAGGAGGAGCAUUAAAAUGUGUUGACAUACAUGCUGAACCUGACUCUUGCUCAUUCCAUAACGAUGAUUCUGGUAGAAUAAUUCAUGUGUCCGGUGGCUGCCUGAAUGUGUUUAAGUUACAUAGUGAAAAAAUGUGUGGGUCUGUAGAGUUACAGACUGUGGCAACUGUAAAUGUCCACAAGCCACAACAAAAGGUUAGAGUAUAUAUGACAUCAUCAGGAAGGAGAGUAAAAAGAAGACAGUCUGAUAAUGAGGUCUCAUUUCACGAUGAUGAUGAUGUAAGUACCAUAUAUACACCAGGAUAUCUUUAUAUAAAACUAUUCCAUGUGAUAGAUUUUGCUUCAAAUAGUAUAUACAUUAUGCCAAAUGUAACAUGUCUGUUCAUGUUAUACUAGUAUUGCUAAAAUUUUACAUGUAAUGUAAUUUUAAUGGAUACAGAGGGCUAUUCAACCCUUGUAAUGAAAUUUGAAGCUACUGGUUUAAGCUGUUAUUUCACAAUGGUUCAGGAUAUUUCUUUAUGAAAUGCAACAAUUUUUUGGACAUAUCUGUAACUUUUUCCUUGCAUGGAAGAGUUACUUAUAGUGUUCCCCAAGGAUCUAUCUUGGAGUUAUUAUUUUUGAUAUAUGUGUGUUGUAUUUAGGCUGUUGUUAAAUAUAAGCUCCUGCUAUAAACAGAUAAUUUGCCAUUCUUAUUGCAGGGAAGAAUAGGUGUUUUAUUGAAAAAGAAAUGAUAGAUGAACUUCAAUCGGUCAUUCUAGGAUUAACUGACAAUAAGUUAUCUCUUCAUUUAGAUAAAAUGGAGAUAAGUUAUUUA